UCAUAUCGGUCUUCGAGCUACUCUAAAACGAUUUCGGCAAUCGCCGAUUCGGAGCUGCACGCUGCACCGUCUUUGUGAUAUCACCUGCUGGUUUUGGUGAUAUCACAUACUGUGAUUGUGUUUGUGAUAUCCCGAAAACGUUAUUAUAUAAGAGACUCUUCGAUCUGUCUCUCGCUGAACUCUUCGGAGACGAAUUUCGACUUGACUGCUGGACUUUUCGACGGAUUCGCUCGAUUUUAGAGGAGAAACAUCCAGAUUAGCCGACAAAACGAUCCAGAUCUUCAAUCCAAAAUCACGGAUAAAUACUAAAACGCCAUAUAUAUAUCCACGAUAUAUACGGAAGAGUUGCGAAAAGCACGAUUUGAAAUUCGUCGGCGUUAACAGAUGGUGACCUGUUGGUGCAUCUUGAAAGAAGCGCAUUUGCAAACUGCAGUACUUUAACGCGUGUGCGUUCGAGGAAGCUCGGUUGAAAGAAAAAUUGGGGAAGUUUCUCGAAGCUGGUGUGUGCACGUACCGUGGAAGGAGGAGAAGGGAACCGAACUCGCCGGCUGGUGUUAUCCUGAGGAAAAAGUAUAUCCAGUGCAUCGUAGGUCGCGAAUUUAAAUGGUAAAGCCGCGCGGUAUCGUUCGCCGAAGGAGAGCGAUAACUCGUGAGAAAGCAGCAUUUCGCACGUUAUUGAUUAAAUGCCUAUAUUUAAAAAAAAUCGAAAUAUUUGCGAAAUAUUAAUCAAGUAUUUACUUUCGAAUAGAAUAUUUCCUCUGUUUACGAAGGAGGAAGAACGUUGAACUUGGUGUCACGUGUUCUGCGAUUCAUUAGUAGCCGAGGUAUUUCCAUUAAUAACUGGUGACUGUAGAAGGCCAUCGGAGAGCUCGUUGUUGCGGGAUCGACCGAGACAAUACGUGCUUUUACUCCAUUGCGAGAAGUACAAUCAACACUACUGUGAUUUAAACUGGUAAAAGGCCGGUACAGGAUUUGCAGGAUUAAUAGAAACGAUAUAGUCGUCGCAAAACAAUUCGGUGCCAAUCACUCUUCAACUAAAUGUACACUUGAGGCACGUGAGUGCCAAACGACGUUGUUAUUGCACGAAUUAUCCUCGUGUUAUAUGCGAGUAUCCUUCGGCUUUCAACAGCAUUUGAAGAAGUUUCUCGAAGCCCGAACGCUGCUGAAUCCGUUCUAAAAGAAGAAGCACCUCGCCGCCGCUCGGCCGGGAAAAGCCGAAGACGAGGCGGUAUUUACGACAGCGAUAGAGUAAGCUAAGCGACGAAGAGGAAAAGGGAAAGUCAGUGAAGAAGAGACAAACCGAUAGACGAAAAGAGAGAAAGAAAAGCGAACCUACGGGUUCAGACGCCGAUUUAGACGCGCACGUGCUGCGAGGAAAGCACUGAAACGAGGAAAGAGUUUGAAGACAGUCAGAGGAAAGAAACGAACUGAUAGAUAGAGAAGACGAGAGAGAGAGAGAGACGAAGAUAAAAGAAGGAGACGGAAAGUCUAAAAGUUAAGUCCAUAGAAGCAAGAAGGAACGUGAUCCUUUUCGAAACUGUUCUUUGGGAUGUGUAAGAAGAAUCUGAGGAGCUCGCACGCGGCCGGGAAUGUUUUUGAUGAGGAAGCUAUCUUGAAGAAGGCGCGAUGGCGCAAUCUCCUGGCCUUCUGGAUCCUGGGUCUGUGCAACAAUUACGGCUACGUCGUGAUGCUCAGCGCGGCCCACGACAUCCUUCAGAGCAAAUUCGGUGAGAAGGAUACCACACCAAUCACAAACGUCACGAACACGACGGAUGGUCGCACGUGCAACAACGUUUCGACCGGUGCUAUACUUUUGGCAGACAUUCUGCCAGCACUGGCGAUUAAGAUCACGGCGCCAUUCCUACCAUUUCUAGUGCAUGCUCGACUGGCUACCUGUGUGUUCUUUUCCGCUGCAGGAUUCCUCAUGGUGUCGUUGAGCACUACCGAAUGGCUCGCCAUUCUGGGCGUCAUCGUUACGUCGCUCUCCUCCGGCUUGGGUGAAGUUACCCUUCUUAGUUACAGUAACCAGUUCUCCAAGAACGUGAUCUCGACAUGGUCGUCGGGCACGGGCGGCGCCGGGGUGAUCGGCGCCGUGUCUUACGCCGGGCUCACCAUGAUACUAUCCACCGAGCACACGUUGUUAGUUAUGUUAAUCGUGCCGAUCCUGCAAGCAAUCACGUUUUGGUGUAUCCUCAAACACCCGGCGCACACCAAAAUCCCGAUCACCAAGAACGGCAUCGACAGCCAAGAGCAGAUCAUCAAGAACCCCAAGAAGAGCUUCAGAGACAAGAUCAAUUUAGUGCCUGGCCUGCUGAAGUACAUGAUACCACUCGGGCUGGUUUACCUGUUCGAAUACUUCAUCAAUCAGGGCUUGUACGAGCUUAUCGAAUUCAAAGACAUUUGGUUGACGCACUCCGAGCAGUACAGAUGGCUUCAAGUGGAUUACCAGAUAGGUGUAUUUAUCUCGAGGUCGUCGGUGAACAUAAUUUCCAUUAACAAGAUUUGGAUCAUGUCCGUGUUGCAGUUCGUCAACGUCAUAAUCCUUCUCUUCGAGGCCAUUUACUAUUACAUACCGAACAUAUGGAUCGUUUUUGCUCUUGUACUGUGGGAGGGUCUGCUUGGCGGCGGGGCGUACGUGAACACGUUCUAUCGGAUGUCCACCGAGAUUCCGAGGGAGGAUCGCGAAGCUUCUCUGGGAAUCGCGACGAUGGCGGACUCGAUCGGAAUCGCGUUGGCCGGAUGGCUGUCCAUGCCUGUUCACAAUGCCAUUUGCAAGAUGCCACAGCCGACGCGACUGGGCAGCUAGAGAUAUAGCGGUGGUACACCUGCUGCCGCGAGUGAUAACAAAGUUUCCGCAAGCGAAGACUUUCGCUUCCGAAAGUUCCUCGACGUAACACGCCGGCGAUUAGAAUCGAAGAUAACGCGGCUGUUUCUUUUAUUAAUUUAACGAUCGUAGGUAGAUCAAACGUAACUGCUCUUAGCGCGUUUGCGGGAUUGUGAAGCGAUUAAUGUUCCAGCUAUAAUCUUCUAGCUUUACUAGAAGCAUUUGAGUCUACGAAAUUUCGAGGGAAAAAGUAUAGCAAACGGUUUAGGAUGCAGGCGACACGGUGGUGAACUUUUAUUGUUUUAUUAACUACUACUUUUAACUCUAUUUUAUAAUCACUGAUAUUUAUUGGAUUUUUUAAAACAUUUUUUAAAGCCACGACCGUGUCGCUCGCGGAAACUUUCUAGACUCAUUUUAAGUGUCUUCUAACAAUAAGUAGUUUUGAUUGCAAUGUAUUACAAAUGUCCGAGCUUUAUUCGGUACAAACGUUUAAAAGAUAUAUUAGGAACAGGGCAUAUUGCAGUACAUGUCGCAUAUUGAGUUUACAUGAUACAUUAUACGGCGACGUAGCACGUGACAUACGAAUAUCGAAUAUCAUCUGCGUUUUCGCUGCGGAAUGAAAGAAAUCUUUCUCGAAGUACUGUAUCUAGAUUCUGCGUUGUACUGUAAGCCUAUUUAUUUUACGGUGCAGUGCCUAAAUUUUGCGAAUUGUACUAUUUCUUCUAUAGCGCAUCUAAAUUUUGACUUGUACUGUAGUCUUGUUUAACUCUUUCCGAUACCGUAGAUAUAUGUACUCUGAGGUUGCUAUUAGUUUUCAAUCUUCACAUCGUUAUUUUCGACUUGCUACGACCAAACGGGAUGCGCAAGUAUUCUCGUGGGUCCGCAAGAAUUCGCACCAUCGAGAAUAUUGCCCUAGUGAAAAAAUGUCUCAUAUUUUCUCAGAUUUUUUUCUAAGAAUUUAGACUUGUAAAAAAUUUAGAAAAAAAAAUAUAUAUAUAUAAUUUCUCAGAUAUACUUCAAGAAUAAUUGGAUGAGAAUUUUCGAAAUAUUUCAGUAUCCGUAUGUAUUAUGUAUGAAAAUUUCUGAAAAAUUGCGCAGAUUUUCU